AUGACGAUGGAAGCACCCUUGCGGUGUUUUUAUUUUGGCUGUCAUACUCCCGACUUCCAUUGCUCCCGUGCCUCUCCCUCCUUCAAUGGCUGUGCCGACGCUGAUGUCAUACCUUCCCGUUCAGCCGCUUUCCUCACCCAAAAAUGCUCGUUGCCUACUCGCACGAUCAAGUUCGAAAUCUGGGAUACGGCCGGUCAGGAGCGUUUCGCCUCGCUUGCCCCCAUGUACUACCGUAACGCCCAGGCGGCGCUGGUGGUUUACGAUGUCACCAAACCCUCGUCGCUCACCAAGGCGAAACACUGGGUAGCUGAACUUCAGCGGCAAGCCAGCCCCGGUAUCGUCAUCGCCCUCGUUGGCAAUAAGCUGGACUUGACAAAUGACGGAAACGAGGCCGCUGGCGAGUCUCAGGCUGACGCUGACCGCGAGUCGCCCGCGGCUGACCAGGACGAGGAGGCGGCCGGCGAGAACCCCGAGGAAGCCGAUGCCACUCCCGGGGACGCGCGGAAAGUACCGACACGGGAGGCUAGUGCUUACGCCGAAGAGGAGAGUCUAUUGUUCUUUGAAACCAGUGCGAAGACGGGCGUCAAUGUGGUCGACGUCUUCACGGCGAUUGCCAAUGCUAUCCCCGAGAGCAGCUUGAAGAGCGGGCGAGGAGGCGGCGCGGGGACCGGCCAGACUACGUUGGGAGGUGGUCGACCGGCCGAAGACUCGAGAGUGAACCUAGGCGAUCGGGCUUCUGCUACUGCCAAAGAAGGGUGCGCCUGUUGA